AUUCUUGUUUUAUCACCUUGUUUAAUGAUUACCUUUACCAUUACUCUCCUCUUCUGUGGAGAUUAAAUCUUUCUAGACCAACAGUUGCUUUCCGUCGUCUUAGUUUUCUUUCUCUCCCUCUGAGAUGGAUUAACUUCGUUGGGGACUCCGUUUCUUUUCCGCGCUCUCCUUUUGCGAGAAAACCUUGCGCCAUGUUGCGGAGAAGAAGCCAGUUUUUUGUUUUCACGGACAAUGCCCUUUCUGUGAGGACGGAAAAAGAAGAAGAGCAAAAAGAAGAGGAGCCCACAGUGAGCCCCUUUGAGGAAUAUCUGCAGAUGGUCGUCCAGUUGAAGACGACCAGCGGCGAUCAGUUUGAAAACUUGGAGAAGCAUACGCAGUGGGGGAUCGAGUUCGUGGAGAAGUACAACAAAUUUGUGAAGGAGCGAUCAGAGAUUGAAGUCAACUAUGCAAAACAAAUUAGGAAUCUUUCAAAGAAAUACCAACCCAAGAAGAAUUCACGGGAAGAAGAAGAGAGCAAGUACACCUUCUGCCGAGCCUUCUUCACCACCCUCAACGAGCUGAACGACUACGCGGGCCAGCACGAGGUCAUAGCGGAGAACCUGACCUCCCAGAUCAUCGCGGAGCUAACGCGCUACCUGCAGGAGCUCAAGACUGAGAGAAAAUCGCAUUUCCACGAUGGACGCAAAGCACAGCAGUACAUCGAAAACUCGUGGAAGCAGCUGGAAUCGUCCAAAAAAAGGUUUGAGAGGGACUGCAAGGAGGCGGACAGAGCCCAGCAAUACUUUGAGAAGAUGGACGCCGACAUCAACGUGACUAAGGCCGACGUGGAAAAGAUCACACUCAAUUCCCACGUCCGGAGUCUCAUUGAGGGUUCUGGACCAGAGGACUUCAGUCAUCUGCCACCCGAGCAGAGGAGGAAGAAGCUGCAGGGCAAGAUUGAUGACCUGAAUAAAGACAUUCAGAAAGAGAUGGACCAGAGGGAUGCACUAACCAAGAUGAAAGACGUGUAUGUGAAGAACCCCCAGAUGGGAGACCCAGCCAGCGUGGACCCCCGGCUGGCAGAAAUAGGCCAAAACAUCGAGAAGCUCCAGGCGGAAGCGCAGAAGUUUGAGGGCUGGUUAGCGGAAGUGGAGGAGAGGAUGCCCUCUAAGAGCGACACGCACCGUAGAAGUGGGUUUUACGAGGCCCAGAGCACCCCGGCGGUGAGCAACAACUGUGCACAGGACAGAGAGAGCCCGGAUGGCAGCUACACAGAGGAGCCGAAUUCAGAAACUCAGGUCAAAGCCAACGUCAACCCCAACACCAUCCCCACCACCAUGCCGGACUUUGAUGAGGAAUUCGACGAUGACGACCCCCUGCCUACUAUCGGCACCUGCAAAGCCCUGUACCCCUUUGAAGGUCACAACGAGGGCACCAUCGCUGUGGCCGAGGGCGAGCUUCUGUACGUCAUAGAAGAGGACAAAGGCGACGGGUGGACACGGGUUCGGAGGAAGGAAGAUGAAGAAGGCUAUGUCCCAACGUCCUACAUCGAGGUCAAUUUGGAACCAAAUGCCAAAGGUGCUAUGACGUACAUUUAACUCAGCAAGUUCACCCUAUGACAGGUUUUUUGUUACUUUAGUCAGUGCGUUUCCGUUCACGUGCUAAAACGGCCGGGUCGAAGGGUAGAGAAUGUCAUCUGUCGCUUGGAAAGAUGCACUUCCUGUCUCUCUAGGGGGCAAGGACCAAUCAGAUUUGUCCGCUGUGCCUCGUGACAGUCGUCGCAGCGAAAGUGUGCAAAGCGUUUGGUUUAUGUUGGUGAAAUGAUGAGCAGGUGGAAAAAGUGUGUGAAGACUGAGGACAGACUCACAGCACUACGUUUUUCACUGCGCCGCCACCUAGUGGUCACACAACAUGAGUCGCAGCACCUUCAAAGCUUUGGGACAAAUCAGCUACAGACAAUGAUCACCGAGACAUUUCAGACGCGUCCUCUUGAUUACGCUUUCAUCAGCAUCUUAAAUGUCCGGUUAUGGAGAUGGACUUGAACUGACAUAAUGUUAAUCAAGGGUCUGAUCCACAACCUCAAAGAAAGUCUAAAUCAUAUAUUUUUUUUUUUUUUUUUUUGGGGUUUUGUGUUACUUUUUGCACCUAAAAGACAAAUAUGCUCGAUGUGCAAUCCUACUAAAUGCUGUUUAGACCUGCUGUAUUGAUAUUAUGCCUUCAGUUAUUUUUGUAGGCUGACUAGAGAUAGAAAGAAGAGAAAAUCAACUCUAAAAUGUUGCAUGCUUUCGACAUUAGAGAUGCUACCGCAUCAGUAAUUGUGAAACCAACUGUUGUUCCCUACGAGGGUUGCUUUUCUAAGAAUAUUUAUCGAGUUUACAGCAAACCCUUUCUUUUAAAUUGCUCUUUUUCCACCCUUUUCGACUCACUUUUUGAUAACGUUGUCGUUGGCCUGCUCUGGAUCUGUUUUCCAGGCCACUGGUAAAAGGCAUAGAGGAAAGAGAAAUAAGCGGCUCUGAGCUCUACGGUGAGACUGGGCUGAGAUUGUGGCUCUUUAGAGCUCUGUGGCGUCUUGCAUGGGUCUUCUAGCAACACCCUCUGUCAUUCCACUUCACUGCCACGAAAUACUGAGGGCUACAAGACAGACGGACUGUUUCUGACAUUAGUACAAGGGCCUCAGUUUGGCUUUAGGCGGCAUCAGAGGGUUUGUUACGGGGGAAAGCAUGGAGUGCCACUUUACCUGAGUUUAAAUACAGCAGUACUCCUUUUUUUUUUUUUUUUUUUUUUUUUUACCAGAGAGUAUUAGAAGUGUGUUGCAUGCUGCAGCAUCUGUCAGUGUUGGGUCAUGGCUUUGAUUUUAGCACGUUGUGACCGAGCUGCUCUCUAACAUGAAUUCGUGCCAGAUAACAGCUAGGUAGGCUGAAAGGGUUAGAGCUUUCUGAAUAUACCUUCGGUGGAUCAACCAACGUACAGUGCCUCGUUAAAUCAAUCGUACCUCUUCAACCUUUCUCGCAUUUUAUCACGUUACCACCUGAAACUUUAAACACAGAAAUCUGAAACGUGCGGCUUACAUUUAUAUACAGCCCCUCUAAUUAGUUUCAAGCGUUUUGGGGUAGGUCUAUCAACAUUUUAUGCCACUCUUCUUUGCAAAAUAGCUUGAAUUUAGGUCUGUACUUUGACUGGGCCAUCGUAACACAUGGCUGUGGUUUGAUUUAAACCAGUCCAUUCUAGCUCCGCCUGUAUGUUCACUGCUCAUUGUCCUGAGCAGUGAAGGCAAAUGCUUGGAUUUUAUUUAAGGGUACUGGAGGAAAUUUCUCAAUUAUGCACAAUAAUGCUUUAAAAUCUCAACAAAAUGCACGACUGUUCUGAAGAGGUAUGAAUAAUUUCGCUAGGCACUAUGCAUUAAACAAUACGGUUUCUUCAGGUUUCACAUAUUCCAUAAACCCCUCUGUCCAUGUUCAAGUAUUAGGGCUUUUCUUGGGUUUUCUUUAAGACUAACUUUUUCCUUUUUUUUGUCAUUUUUUUGUUUUGUUUGUUUCUUUGUUUGUUUGUGUGUAUUCUCCUUUCAAAAUGCAGAUUCCUAAAAGCGAGAGGCUGGCUGAGGAAUGGCAGGGCAAGCAGCCUCGGAGAAAACCCGCCGUGUGAAAAAAAGCGAAAGCCGGGCUGAAUCUUAAAAAAAAAAAAAAUAUCUAAGAGAGAGCGAUGGAUGAUAAGAAGGCCGCUGAAAUUCACAAACAUUUUGACAAAAAGGAAAGAAAAAAAAGAAAAAAAAAGAUCAGCGGCGUCGAGAUUUCUCCGCUGAACAGAAAUCAGUUUUAACUCUCAUAACCUUGUCCACGUUUAACUCCCCACUCAGGUGACAGCACACAAUUUGCUCCUUGUUGUUUUACAGCAGAGCUCUGCUUCAUAAUGUCACUAACUCUGCUUGCGGCCAUGAAGAGGCUUUUUGGCAUCCUCGCUCCAUUUGCCCUCGCUGCCCCCUUACGCGUAAGGCUCUGUUUGUUUCUCCUUCCUACCCCUGGUCCUUGUGAGGCUCACCGGUUUGGGAGAGCGUGUGGUCAGAAACGGGAACGGGCCAACGGCCGGGAAGAAGGAUCAUCCCCGUCUCAUCUGUGAGAACAUCACCUUCACCCUUCACUCUUGAGAGAAACAGAUAAAAAAAUAAAAAAAGUCAGCUGGCUGUUUGCAGGUUGUCAUCCAAGCCGAAGCAGAAGGAAUCGUCUUUGCUGUUCGUCUCUCUGCUUUGUUUGUGUGUUUGUGUCGCACAAUGUUCAGGGUUUCUCCCACUCGCCGUCACGGCCAGAUAUCCGGGGUCGGCUGGGAAUCCAUUUCCUCCCAUCACUCUCAUCCACAUGGCAUUCUUGUCCUGUCCCUGGUGUCUGCUCCUCUCUCUGACCACACCCUUUCCCCUGGUCUCCCUCCUGCCCCCUCUGGCAGCUCAGGCUACCUGUCCCACGGCUGCUUCGAGGCUCCCCGCCCCCCCUAUUGUUUUUUUGUUUGUUUUUUUUCUCUCAAUUUGCAACGGCUCGGGGGUGUGUGGUGUGGUGCAUGCUUGCCCUGUCCUCCUCCUCGCCCCCCCCUCUGCUGGCGGCUCCGUCCUGCUGCUGCUGCUGCCUCGAGCCUUUCUGUUCAGUUAACCCUCAUUGCCUGGUCACACUGUUUGAAUUAACCUGAAUGCUACUGUUUGGGUUCAGUGCCUGUGGUUUAAAAAAAAAAAAAGAAAAAGAAAGAAAAAAAAUGUCUUUUAUAUUUAUGUACAUUUCUUUUCUGUUGUUUGUUUAGAAAGCAUGUUUUUUUUUUUUUAACCGCAAAUAGGUGAUCUUUCUCUCCUCCUUCUCCCAGCGCUCCAAAGUGUAAUCGCAGACGAGGACGUUAGGAAGCCAUAAUGUUGUUUUCUGGCCGAUCUCACCCGUAGAUCGGCCACAGACGUCUUUUGCAUUUCUUUUACUGUUUGUUUGUAAAAUUUGAUGCGACUUGUGGCUAGUUUACAGUUCAAUACCCUGUGGGAAGUGUCUCCGCUCGGUUUAGGCGACCCGAUUAAAAACUGUUUCUACUGUAUGUGAAAAUGUGCUAAGAUGAACAUUUUCCUGAGACUGAAGUGUGACAAUGUGCAGAUCAGCGCCUGAUUUGAGCCUUAACCUGGGUGGGACGAAAGAGAUGUGAUCAAAUUUAUAUAUAUAUAUAUAUAUAUAUAUAUAUAUAUAUAUAUAUAUAUAUAUAUAUAUAUAUAUAUAUAUAUAUCAGGAUGAAACUGUCUGUAGGCAUGGGUCAGAUUACUGGUAUCGAGGAAUGCCACGGCUUUCAGACCGCAUUAUUUCUACGAUUCAAGGUCCAUUUAACUGGUGUUCUCUCGGGGGAAUAAUGAGCAUACAGCUGACUCAGCGAAUGCUGAUGCGUUUGUCCUCACGUGACGGAAAAGAUCAACUCGACUGUUUGCGCUCACAUAAAAACAGUAACAAGAAAGGGUCCCAGAAGCUGAAUACACACUGUCACGCUGCUUCCUAGCUCAGCUUGCAUGCUGACAUAUUAAAAAUAAAAAAAAAACACAUUAUGUGGGGCUAAGCAUGGGGGAAAGGAGAGAUUUUAUGAAACAUCUAGCCUUGUUACUACUUUGCGUCGCUUUUGACAUCCGCAGUAAGGGGAUGCCAGAUUGUCGUUUUCCUACUGCGUCGUGUCUUCGUGCUCCAUUGAAAUGAAAGCCAGACGCCUAAUAGUGUGGUAGGGGCUUUAUAGGAACAAAAAAUAAAAGCUGGUAGACCACUUGGUGCAUCUUUGUGCUAACACCUUGAUACCGUAGUGUUUUAACUCAUGGUUACCAUACUGUAAAAAAACUCCUACUGGCCCAUGCCUAACUCUCAGACUGGAAGACUACACCUCUUUCCUCACAUGCAACGGCACAUAGUAUACAAGAUUUUAACUUUGUUUUAAAAAUGAUGUUCUUUGAGAUGCUGUUUUUCCCCUCCUUUUCUUUUGUUGGAAUAUUCUGUUACUCAUCCCGCCUAGAGGGGACUCCUCGAACAACGGACAAGACACAAUAUCACUGCAGUGCGUUGUGUUCAGUGUCCAUCUAGCACAGAUUUUCAUAAACGCUUCCCGUGUGGAGGAGUGGUGAAUACGAAGGCGAUGGUCACUUUUGAUUGAGGGAAUGACGAAAUUAUGAUUUUUUUUUUGUUUUUGUUUUUUUGUCCUCUCAUCUCAUGUCAAGAUUUUCUGGCUUUGAUUUUUGUGAUUAAUGUCGAGAGUGAAGCGGCAGAUUUACGGCAGCGAUCUUCUUCACCACAAAUCUUUUAGCCCUCAGAAUCACCUGCCUGUACAGAGGAUGUGACAUGAUGGAAAUAGAGAGUAUUUAUGACUUUAUUAAAAAGAAGAAGAUAAAAAAAGUUUUAAAAGGAAAACAUCUAUUUCAGCUAUGGACAGUCUGACCACGGAUUAUUUGCUUUGACUAGUAGGAGUCCUAUUCCUUUAUGAGACCUACCAAAUGGUGUGUUUUUGCACUUUUUCAUUUCUGUUCCAUUUGGUGGCCCAUGCUUGUUGUUUUUUUGGAGCACUGAAUACUUUGUACUGUGUUUAAUUUCAUGUGCCAAUUAAAUAUGCCAGAAAACGAGAAA